AUUGGCCAAUUUUUUGUACAAGCUUCGGCUGGGUUUUGGUGGAUGAAGCACCUCUUUCCACUUUCGAAACAAGUGAUCAACGUCUCUCCAUCAAAAUUUGAGAAUGAUUGUUCUGAAUCGGUUUUGCUGCGGAAGCAUUAACCUCAAAACAGGUGUUUUAAUCAUCACGAUCUUUGGCAUUCUUAACAAAUUAUCUGGUUUUUACGGCAUUAUUUCGUUGGAUUUCAGUGAUACCGCAGCCUUCGUGGGAUAUUUAUACUCAUUAUUUGCUGUGUUUGUGCUGGUUCAAGGUCUCUACGGAUUGAAAAACGUAAGUGCAAGCCAUGGCUGUGGACUAUUUUGACGGAUCAAUGUAAAUACGACGGUUUUUUUGCUUAGGAUAAUGCACGCAUUUUACGAUG